AUGUGUUUCUGUAAUUGUUCCUUUAUCUAUAAAAAAUUAGCCUAUCUACAUGCAUUAACUGGUUUUCUUGAAAUGGUUUUUGGUAUUGUACGUCUAGCAAUAUUCUUUACGCCUACUAGUACAGCCGCUAAUACUCGUAAACCGUACAGUCAGAAAUAUGUGGCCGCAUUUAUCAUCGACUGGAUAAGUUCCAUUGUUCCAACAUUAGUCGGUUUAUUAGUUACACUUAUUAUUCUUGUUAUCUUAUGGAAACUUUGUGCUCUCUGUAUCAAUACUUACAAUAAACAAAAAGGUAAACAAAAUCAAAAUAUCGACACUAGUGGAACAUUACGAAAAUUAAUACGAAACAAAGCUCUUCGCCGUUUUAUAAUAGCUGAUUGUAAUUGUCCUUGUUACAAAGCAAGACCAAAACUUCGUUUUCAAAUGCGUUUUGGUUUAUUACUUGUAUUUUUCAUAUUACGUAUUGUCGCGAUAGCACUUUAUGCAUCAUCAACUGAUGGCGAUGGUGGAAUUCUUGCUACCCUUUGUGCUAUUUCACUAAUAUUUCUAUUCAAUACUCUUUGGUUGGACCUUUAUCGUUACUGUGUUUGGUGGCAUUAUUCACCUUCAGGCGAUACUCGUUGCCAUUUACGAUCAAAACAACAUGAACGUUAUUUACCAUAUCAUAUGGUUGGAGAAUAUCGUGAUCCACGAACAUUAGGCGAUCGACCAUGUACAGACAAACCUUGUCAUAAAAGAACACUUGAUCAUAUUGCUGUUUUUCAUUCCAAUGAUUAUCAACCACAAGAUCGAUGGCGAGAUAUUCCCAAACCACCAUAUCAAGCUGUAUCAAAUGAAAAGAAAUUCUUUUGUUGGAAAUCAGAUGAAAUUGAUAAUCAACCUCAUUAUAUUGGUUUUCAUACAACUGAUCCAGAAUCAGCUAUUUCUAUAGCUCAUAGUCAAUUUCGUCCGGGUAAAAAUGGAUGGCUUGGUCCUGGAGUUUAUUUUGCUCGAUCAAUCGAAGGAACAAUUGGAAAAGCGAAGAGUUCGGGUGGUGCUACUAUUAUUGCUGAGAUUCGAAUGGGAAAAGUCUAUCAUGUUGAUCGAGAUCAUAUAGCAAACAAUCAUCCGAACUUCAAAAAGGAAAUAUAUGAGUAUGUUCAUCAUGGAGCCUGGCAAAAAGAUAAUGAUACAUGUUACAUGAUUCAUCAUGAUGCUUUCAGAGAUGAAUUUGCUAUUAGAGAUGCAGACAAACAAAUCGCUAAAUGGGUUAUGGUGAUCGAUCAACAGUUUGAUUCUAAAGUUGAAGAUUACGAACUUAUUACAGAGUUUGAUUCUACCAGAUGCUUUUGUAUUUAA